GCCCGGGGCUGCUGCGGCAGGCAGGGAUUAAUUCCUUCCUCCGCGGCUCAGGUCAGGCGUGAGGGUGCGCUGAGGGGCGGCCUGGGGGGCGGCGAGCACACCCCGCGCCCUCGGUGUCUCACCACCCCCUUCGGAGCUCAGGACCAGCCCCGCCAGCUGAGCCCACAGAGCCUUUCGGCAAGGAACUUCCUGCUAUAGUGAUUCCGCGCUGUCAUUUAAAGGGAAACUCGGCUUUUUUAACUUAGCCCAAAGCAUCCCGGACCGCGCAUGUCCCAGGCAUACAGCAGCUGCAGAGGCUGUGCGCCUGUGUUCAGGUUAUUCAGUGGCCCGUGUGCCCUGUGGGGCAGGAGCUGUACUCGUCAGACAGGCUUCCCUCACCGGAAUCACCACAUUGUGUUUCUGAGGUACCAGAUCUACUAUGGUUACCCUCUGAAGACAUACCUGGAGUAUCCCAUCAUCAUUGCACAAGAUGUCAUUCUCAUUUACUGUAUUAUGCAUUUCAGUGGAAAUGCGAAACGUGCUUUGGUCUAUGCACUCAUAUACUGGGGUGGCUGGUACAUGCUAACACUGGAGAAGUGGAUAAUAGACCUGGCUAUGAAUGUGUGCACGUUCAUCAGUGCAGCUAGUAAGCUGGUUCAGCUGCAGCAUCUCUGGCAGACCAAAGAUUCCGGACAAGUGAGCACCCUGACCUGGGGAAUGUCUGUAUACACUUCUUCAGCAAGAAUUAUUACAACUGUAAUGACUACAAAUGAUCUUGCAGUUCUCAUCCGUUUCAUAAUCAUGCUCAUUCUCAAUAUUUGGGUCACAGCUACAAUCCUGCACUACAGGAAGACUAAAAAGACUGGUUAGAAGACACUCAUCAGUACAUAUAUCAUUACCAUGAAAAAAAUACAUAAUUAAGCCUGAAGAAUUUAACAAUUCCUCAAAGAUUGAGGAAGCUGUCUUUCUCUAAUAUUUACCCUUUAGCAUAGUUCUAAGUAUUUACAGUACUUAGAGACUUACAAUGUAGUACAUUCAUGCUUCUUUUCUCUUAGAAAUAAUUCUGAUAAGAUAUUUAAUUUAAGCAGCAUAUUUUUAUUGGUCAUUUCAGACAAGUUUCACUGAUACCACAUUUUCUCUGGAUUCUUUUUACUACAAGGUAUUUCAUAAUUAGAUGUAUAUAUACUCUGGUUUCACUUCAGUACUUUCUGGUUACAUAUAAGCAAUUUUCUUCAAUUAUACAUGAUCGAUUUUGCACCAACAUACUGACUCGUCCUUCAGCUGCAAGACUGAAAAACCACAACAGAUGUUUGUCUUCUUCUUGCAAGCAACUCAGUUAGUUCAACAUUGACUGUCUGUAUUUUAGGAUGAAGAAAAUCUGAGUCAAGGCCCAAUCCAGAACAAGAUUCUAAAUGUUUUUUACUAAGUCACAAAUCCAGUUGGGAUUGUAGCACUUACAUGCAACACUUAAAUAGUACAAUUUAUACAGCUGAUACAGGAUACCCACAGUCACUUUCCUCAGUAUACCCAGUAUAUAUCGGCUAAGAGCAAAAACUCAACUAUGAAUUCUUUUUCAACCUGGGCCCUCAUUCACUGAACAUACUGUUUUGGGAACAGCAGGGACUAGAAUGUAUGGGAAUUAAUGAAACUGUAACCAACAGUUAAAAAUGCUGUUCAAGCAGAAGUUCCUGGAACCAUAUCCAGAAUUCCCAAACACCAUCCUUACUGACAGUGACAUGUGCACCUUCAUGCAUCUCAGCAGACUGAUCUCCCGUCUUGUCAGGUUUUGGUGAUACUGCUCUGUGGUUCACGAGGUUUUGGCCUGUCAGUGCUAAGCGUGUUGAAGAACAUAGACUUCACUUAAACUUUUACUUCAGAAAUUCUAAUCAAUUUGUUGUACUUGAGUAAAAAGGGGGAAAGGAUAUUCUUGACAACAGGGGAUUUUGGCAGUACUGCCUUCACAACCAAAAAUUACAUUAGUAUUCAUAUAGCUUGCCUUCAUUUCUCAUUACAUUCCCCAAAAUUAAAAGAUACAUUUCAAAAGAGUUCUUACAGUAUUCUGUUGAUUCCAUGUAAAAAACCAAGGCACCCUUGAUCCCAACACCCUUGAAAAAUAUGGGAAGACUGCAUUGACUACAUUUGAGGCAGGUUUUCUUCAGAACAUUCUAAAUUGUGUGACUGCUGUGGAGCAAAGGGAUCUGCAAAAGCAGAUGUUUCUUCCAGUGUGCACGCAGCAGUUGGAGCAGGGCCUUCACCAUCAGAAAAUAGCUGCUGCAUCCUCUAAAUUUUAGUGGGAAGGGCUGGGAAGAGACGUGUCUGUGGGCAUUGAUUGCAUGUAUCCCACAUUAUUGAGAGCAAGUCAAAGAUAAGCUUUUUUUUUUUCUGCUCCAAUAAAAUGCAUCAAUCCUUCUGUGUUGGUUGAAAGAUUAAUUGUAAACAUUCUGAUUUUAUUAAAGCUGUGUAAAGUAUCUGAAGUGGUCUAAAUGGUGGCAAGUAUCAUAUGUUACAUUUUCAGGUGAUAUUAAUAAAUGCUAUUCUUCAAAGAUUGAUUGUGUCAUUCUUACAGCUAAUUUUCAUUGCGUUUGAGUUUUUAUUGUUGCCAUAUAUGAAGAGAAAAUGAAAUAUUCAUUACAAGUUAUAAAUGGGCAGCUUUCACCUUAACACUUGAAGCAUCAGGCUGAAUAUUGACCUGCCAAAUGCUAACAAGCUCCAGCAUCUUAAAAUGAAAAAAACACACCUGCUUUUUAAUUAAAGCCUUUUCUUGAUAGAGAAGGAUUUGUGUGGAAUCCAAACCCUCUCUGUUAUUGACGUAUUUCAUUCUCCUGAGGGAUGCUGUAGCAAAAUGAAGCUGCUCCAUUUUUGGUUUGAGAAUCAGCACCUCAAGUUGGUUUUUUAUCAUAAAAUACAGAAAAUGCAUUUAGGAACAGUUCUUAGUAGGUUACUUAAUGCAUUUUGAAUAAAUCACCUUAGAAACCUGUGGGAAAAAAAGACUGAGGAAAACAAACAAAGCUGGGUACUUAAUGAACUUAAGGUAAAGUAAUUUUGUGGACUUGGAAAGCUGGACCAUGAGUUCUCAUUCAAACUGCAAGAGAUAUGGAACAAAUCAUAAAGUAGCAGUAAAUAAUUUUAAACACUUUUCCCCCUCUCAGUAACUUCUUUCACUUUCAUAAACAGAGGCACAUUCAAGUUCCAGGCAAGCCCCACAAAAGUGCAGAGCCUGUGUUUUUCAGGAGGUAAAGAAUAAUCUUCUCAGUGGCUGGAUUAAAGGCAACAGCUUUAGACAAAUACAUAGACAGGAUAAACCUUGUUAAACUCAUCAUUCACCAGUAUCAGGGUGGACACAAGGAGGCUGUUUGAUGUGUAAUGCACCAGCGGGGCAAAAGCAAGAGGGGAAAGCAUCUUGGAUUUAUGGCAGAAGGUAUAAGCAAGUAAGCAGCUCUUACCCAGAGGGCUGGAGGUAAUACAACUCCAUUCACAGAUGCUGUACAAGUGUGGAAUUAGUGUACUAAUUGUACCAGUUCACAACAUGCUCACAAGGUAACACAGUCUGGCUGACAAAGUGUGGGUCUUAUUGGGGCUUUCAAAAACUGUGAGUGUCCUUGUCUGUGAAAAGACAAGAUCUGAAUUCCAGUAGAGUCCACUGAAUAACCACAAGUACCCCUCCAGCAGUGGAUAUGAUGAACUGUGACUGGGUUUGGCAACAGGUAAGCUAGAAGCUCACUACAGCUGUAUGAGAGAAAAAAAUAUUUAGCAUGAGAUUUACUAUUGAAAGAAUGAGGAUGUGAGUCCAGAGACAGCAGGCUGCAGGACAGUGAAGAUGUGGACACUGGAAGAUGCGUGUAGUUUAUUUUUUCUGCACUGUCCUCAGUGAACAGAACAUUGAUCACAAAUGCAAAACCAUCCUCUCCCCACACUAUGGGUCUCCCUAACACUGGGCUUUCUGUGCAAAAUGGACUCAGAUGUCUUUCCUUGUGCUGCUCCAAUCCAGCAAGGGAUGUUAUUGCUUGGACUGCUCAGGAGUCCCUGUCCCUGCGUGACUCCUGAGCCUCUGUCAGCCUUACACUGUGCACUGUGCUCCGGGAGCUAGCUCUGCUCUGAUCUACUGCAACAGGAGAGAAAGGAGUGGGGUGGGGAGGCAGCGACACCUCCCAACUGCUGCAGAUCUAGAGCUGGAUUUUAGUACAGUUUGACCCUGGAGAAAGUAAUUCAGAAUUAGCUGAAUGGCCCCAGUCUUAUAGAACACCUUCACUCAUUUCUUUAAAUGAGGUAAAAUUACUCUUCCUCCACCAAUCAUUAUCCAUUUAGUCACAUAUGUAACAAGGGGAAAA